CGUCAUCACGCCGCGCGGCGUGAGCGGUGACGUCACCCCUUGCGUCCACGUCGCCUCCAAGAUGGCGGCGGCCGAGGAAACGUCGCCUGGAGCCGAAGCAGGCCCCAAGCAGGCCCCGAUGGUGUUUGCAGGCCUGGCGGACGUCUCGAUCUCAGAGGACAUCCCCGUGGAGGGAGAGAUCACGGUCCCGGUGGGCGCCCGCUCUCCCGAGGAAGACCCCUCCACGCUGGACGAGCCUGUCAAGGACACCAUUAUGCGGGAUCUGAAAGCAGUUGGGAAGAAGUUUGUCCACGUCAUGUACCCCAAAAAGAGCAGCGCCCUCCUCAGAGACUGGGAUUUAUGGGGGCCUCUGGUCCUGUGCGUCUUACUUGCACUAAUGCUCCAGGGAGGGGCGGCCGACAGCACCGAAGACCGGGGCCCGCAGUUUGCGGAGGUGUUUGUCAUCAUCUGGUUCGGGGCCGUUGUCAUCACACUGAACUCCAAGCUGCUUGGAGGAACCAUCUCCUUCUUCCAGAGCCUGUGCGUGCUGGGCUACUGCGUCCUGCCCUUGACGGUGGCCCUCUUCGUCUGCCGGCUGGUGCUGAUCGCCAGCGCCGGGACCGUCGGCUUCGUGGUGCGCCUCUUGGUGGUGACCGCCAUGUUCGGGUGGUCGACGCUCGCCUCCACAGCCUUCCUGGCCGACAGCCAGCCUCCGAACCGCAAGGCCCUGGUGGUCUACCCCAUCUUCCUCUUCUAUUUCGUCAUCAGCUGGAUGAUCCUCACCUUCACGCCGUGACGGAGACACAAUCGGCAAAAGACUUCUGAAACUGACUUUUUGCUUUGGUGUUCCUUUCGUCUGGUCUCUCUCAUCUCCUCCUCCCAUUAGAUCUGUAUUUCUAAUUUGCCUGGCGGAAGGAAAGCUGUAGGCCAACGUCAGGCCACUUUGGGAGCUGUUGUUUCUGUUUCUCCACCUUCCUGCUGAAUCUGGGUUUUUCUUAAGGCGGAAGAAGAGCGAGACAUAGAGUUGAUAAAAGGAAGAAGUUUGCAUACCGACAUUCCCGGAAUCCCACUUUUUGCCACUUUCCGUCAGUCGCUGCAAUACAAGGUCUAGGUUUUGAUGACAAGGGUAUGCUGAUGUUCCGCCAUGAAGGAUGGACAAAAUGAGCGGAAAUGAGGGCAGAUUUAUUUCUGUUUUCUUCUUAAAUAAACUCCAGGGAGGUGUCCUUUUGCCACUUUG